GUUCUGAAAGACCCCAAGGCUACCCAGUACGUCAACGGGAUCGGCAUCCAUUGGUACCUGGAUUUUUUGGCCCCCAUCGACCUGACGCUGUCCAUCACCCAUCACCUCUUCCCCAACUAUUACCUGAUCGCCACCGAGGCCUCCACGGGCUCGUACUUUUGGGAGCCCCGUGUGGUGCUGGGGGGCUGGGACCGCGGCAGCAAGUACAGCCACAGCAUCCUGACGAAUCUCAACAAUUACGUCACCGGCUGGACGGACUGGAACCUGGUUUUGGACAUGGAAGGAGGCCCCAACUGGAGUAAGAAUUACGUGGACAGUCCGGUGAUUGUAGACAAGGAGAAGGACAUCUUUUACAAGCAGCCGAUGUUCUACCACAUGGCCCACUUCAGCAAAUUCCUCCCGGAGGGAACUCAGCGGAUCGAAAUCCAGAAAAGCGGAUCGUGUAGUUUGGAAUUCUCUGCCUUCCUCCGUCCGGAUGGAUCGGCAGCCGUGGUGGUCCUGAACAGAUCCUCCAAGGAUAUUCCUUUUGGGAUCUCGGAUCCCGGGGUGGGCUACGUGGAGACCAUCGCUACGGCCGACUCAAUCCAGACGUAUCUGUGGCAGCGUCCUAUGGAAGAAUGA